GUCGGCGCUGGGGCCGCGGCGCUGCUCUGCCCUUCCGGCCCGAAGGGGCCGCGAGGCCUCACGCCAGCCCGAUUUCUGCCCCCUGUACGGGCAGGGCGGCGGGGGGGUCCGUGACUGGCCCGGUGUUCCCGGUGCGCUGCGGACCGAAGGGGCAGCAAGUCGGCUUCCAGAUGCCCAGGGUCGCGGGUGGGACCUGCUGCGGCCCGCGGAGGGCGGCGGCCGCCCUGUUCCUCAGCCCCUGACUUUCUGGUGCUCCCAGGUCCCUCCCCUCAGCGGGUAAACAGACACCGGCGCGUGACCCGAGCGACUCAAAAACAGCCUCACCUAGUCUGAAGAGUAGUUUCCUCCCGUCCCUUUCCGUAACCUUUGCUGCCAGCGCCUCUGGGAGCUCUCUCCAAUCCCUCGCUCAAACAGGAGGCUGGGGUUGCGGGGUGAGUCUAAAAAUAGAAUCCUGUUGAGCUGUUUGCUUUGGGGGCGCGUGUUACUGGUAUUUAUUGAGGCUCCAGAGUCCCAGGCGCUUUAUAGUCCCUCGUGAUCCUUGCUUUCUGCAGCGACCCCGCAACACACCUACUUGUAUAGCGAACUACCGACAAGGAGGAAUACGGCAAGACGGCGGCAGGUGGCGGCGCGAUGGACCUGGCCGGGCUCCUGCGGGACGAAGAAGGCACCUUCUGCCUCACCGGCUUCCAGGACUUCACGUUCCUCCCAGGACACCAGAAACUGAGUGCUCGGAUCCGAAGGAGACUCUACUAUGGCUGGGACUGGGAAGCUGACUGCAGCUUGGAGGAGCUCUCCAGCCCCGUGGCAGACAUUGCUGUGGAACUGCUCCAGAAGGCAGCCCCCAGCCCUAUUCGUCGACUCCAGAAGAAAUACGUAGCUCAUGUGUCCAGGGAGGCGUGCAUCUCCCCAUGUGCUAUGAUGCUUGCCCUGGUGUACAUUGAGCGGCUCCGGCAUCGAAACCCAGGCUACCUACAGCACGUGUCAUCCUCUGACUUGUUCCUGAUCUCCAUGAUGGUGGCCAGUAAGUACCUCUAUGAUGAAGGGGAGGAGGAGGAGGUCUUCAACGAUGAAUGGGGAGCGGCAGGGGGCGUGGCCGUGCCCACUCUCAACGCCCUGGAGCGGGGCUUCCUGAGUGCCAUGGAUUGGCGUCUCUAUACUGAUCCUCGGGAGAUCUUUGAGGUGCUGAGCUGGCUGGAGAGCUGUGUGGCUGAGCAGCAGGGACGGCGGCGGGGCUGGUAUACCUACACAGACCUGUGUGUGCUGCUGGAGCAGCCGGCCUGGCAGUUGGCCCUGGGCUCCCUCUGCCAGCGCCUGGCAAAGCUGUCUUGCCUGUUGGCUAUGGCAUAUGUGAGCAGUGUGGCCCUGGCGGUGGCGUCGGUGGCUGUAAUUCAUCAGUCCUUGGGGCUGUCCUGCAGCCCCUCCCCAGGCCCCCCCGACCUUGGACUGGUCUCCAGGUGCCUCUUGGAACCCUGCCUACCUUCUUCUGUGCCACAGUGCCUGCCGCGUCCUGCUAAUGUCUCCAGCUGCCUAGAAGGCGACACAGGGCUGCGUUCACUCUGGGGCAGUCUUCUGGCUUCACUGACACCUCCACCAUUGCCUCCCCCAGACCCUCCUGCCCCUCCCACUCUGCUCCAUAACUGUCCCCUCUGCCAGAAGCUCCAGAGAGAUACCCCAAGCUGCCACGCCUGCCACCACUCCAACCAUACAGUCCCCACUGGGCCCCCCAACCCUGGGUACCACUCCCGUAACCUGGCUCCCCCCUGGCCCUGGAGCCCAAUGCCCCCUCUGCUCCCCCAGCCCCAGCAGUGUUCCCUUUUCAGUGUCAUGGAGCUAGCCCGUCUCAAGUCUUUCAUUUUCCCAGGCUAGGCGGGCCUCUGAGGAACACACUAAGAGGAUCUGGGAGUCCCUGAGAACCUGGAGGGGCAAAGCUUGAUUUAGAUCCUCUCUACCUCUCUGGGUCCUUGGCUGGUCCCUGUCCUCCUAGGCGAGGGAGCUUAAGGGGCUGUGGCACCGAAGGACUGAAGGUCACUCACUCUCAGUGGCUGGGUGCUUGGCCAGGGCAGUGAUGAUACCAGGGAAGGCUGCAGCUUCGUGACCAGGGCCAUGUCACGACCAGGGCCUUGUCACAGCCAGACCAAGAAGAUUCCUUGUCUCUCUACAUCCCUCGGUUCUAAACUUUGGCUUUUAAGGAUGGAAGGGGAAAAGUGGGGUGAGGGAGGGAGGAAAAAUUGGGGGCCUGUGUGAUGUCCCUGAAGCAGGAGAGUCAGGGACUGAUAGGGCCAAGGUGGAUCUGCCGGGGGAAGGCUGGGUGAGGUGGGGAACCCUCUCCACACCCAUCCCUCGGAUAUAGCCUCAAGGAGCCAGGGACUGCUGGGACCUUCGGCCUUUCCCUUUUGUCUUCCAACCUCUUCUUAGUACCUUGCUCCUGGGCUUCCCCUCUUCCCCUGGUUCUUCUCCUGGGUGUUCUCUUCACGGGCCUCUGUGGCCACUGCUUUGUAUCUGGGUUUUUCACGCUUUUGUAGAACUGAGGUUUCAAUAAACAGUUUCAGUUGCA